AUGGUUUUCACCGGCAUUCCCCAGAAUUACACUCAGUCUCCGUCCUCGUUCGCUGGAACACCUUCUCUGAUCAUCAAUCAUGAGGCUACUCAGGACCUCGAUUCUUCUAAUGCCUUUGAAGGCCCUGAGAAACUUCUAGAGGUGUGGUUCGCCCCAUCUGCCAACGAGCUUGGCGCUGCAGGCCCAGAUGGCCUGAAGAGAGUGCCUAGCGAGAUCUGGAAGGAUAUGUUGGACCUGGUCAACUGCCAGGUGCUGUCCGUGGUCGGAUCCGAUGAUGUGGAUGCCUACCUCCUGUCCGAGUCCAGCAUGUUUGUCUGGCCACACAAAUUGAUUCUCAAGACCUGUGGAACUACCACUCUGCUGUCCGGUCUCCCUCGCAUUCUCGAGAUUGCCACCUUGUUUGCCGGAUUCCCGCGUGCGACCGCACCGUCUUCUUGUGGCAUCGCAGUUGCUGCGACUCCCUACCGUGUCUUCUACAGCCGUAAAAACUACCUGUUCCCCGAUCGUCAGCUUGGACCCCACCGCAGCUGGCGUGAUGAAGUCCGCAAUAUGGACCAGCUUUUCCUGAACGGAAGUGCUUACAUGAUUGGCAAGAUGAACGGCGAGCACUGGUACUUGUACCUGACCGAGCCUAACACCAUACUCACGCCUCCGGCCAGUCCUACGGACCAAGUGAGUUUCAAAGAGACCGAGACCAAACAUCUCCAAGUCCCGCACGAGGCUCCGAUCGCUACUUGCGAAGAGAAUGACGAGACUUUGGAGAUUUUGAUGACCGACUUGGACGAGGAACAUGCGAAGCAAUUCUAUCUGGACAACGCCGCUGCCGUGGCCGAAAAACAGUACCGCAACUACGACAGAGAUGAGGGUGUCGACCACGUUGAUGUCUUCAACAAUGGCUCCGACCUCGAUGAAGAGGUGCAGGGCGAACGAGUCUUGCCAGCAGAGCUGACCACUGAGGGUCACGCUCUUGGUGCCGUCGUGUCGCAGUCCUGUGGUCUUUCGGAUAUUUACCCGAAGAGCAAGUUUCCAGAUGCUCGCAUUGAUGCGUACCUCUUCACACCCUGUGGUUUCUCGGCCAACGGUGUUGUUCCUGCGCCGGACAGCAAGGCCCCGACUCAUUAUUUCACGGUGCAUGUGACUCCCGAGCCUCAAUGCUCGUAUGCAUCCUUUGAGGCUAAUGUCCCACACUCGCAGAGCAAUAAGACCACCAUGGAGAUCAUUCAGCAGGUUGUGGACAUCUUUAAGCCUGGCCGUUUCAGCAUCACCUUGUUUGAAACGAAGCCUAGUGUUGAGGAGAUUGACGCUGAUGCUGGUGACUUCGAUGAGAAACACUCGCUGCAACCGGCUCUGCGCCGCAACCCCAAGAAUGAGCACGUCGAGGGUUACCGUCGUGUAGAUCGCAUUGUUCACGACCUGAACGGAUACGACCUUGUGUUCCGAUACUACGAGAGCAACGACUGGAAAGGGGGGGCUCCCCGGAUUGGUGAGAAGAUUUAA